AUGAGUUUCCCUGUGGGUAUUUCUGCAUCCAAGAAGCGCUUCUUCCUCUCAGUGUAUUCCUUUGUGCUGGGAUUGCAUUUUAUGUUGCUUUUUCUGUGCACCAUGGCAUCUGCAUGCCCCAAGAGCUGCUUGUGCACAGAUAGGAACGGCCUGGUGGUGGUGCAAUGUUCUUCCCGCAACCUUGAGACCAUCCCAUCUGAUCUACCGUAUGACACCGUUGCUCUACUGCUCUCUUCCAAUCACAUAACAAAGAUCCCUAGCCAGGCUUUUAAACACCUCCAUCGCCUGCAGGAGCUUGAUUUGUCACGCAAUGCCAUUGACAGUGUGGAUGGUAGUGCUUUUCAGGGCAUCUCGGAGACCCUGCGUUUGCUUAACCUGUCCUACAACCGACUGCGUGGAGUACCCAAGGAGGCCUUUGCACGUCUCCAUGCCAAGAUUGGCCUGGCCAACAACCCUUGGCACUGUGAAUGCAUGCUACAGGAGGUCCUGCGUGAACUUGAACUCGACCCUGAAACUGCUAGUGAGGUGAGUUGCCAUACAGCUGUGCAGGAUGAAUUUGCUGGAAAGCCUGUCAUCCAGGUCCUAGACUCUGGCAUCAACUUCUGCAACUUUCAUCACAAGACAACAGACGUGGCCAUGUUUGUCACCAUGUUCGGCUGGUUCACCAUGGUGAUUGCUUAUGUCAUAUACUAUGUGCGGCACAACCAAGAGGACGCCCGCAGGCAUUUGGAGUAUCUCAAGUCUCUGCCAAGCAGCUCUCAAAUUAGCAAAGACUUGGACACUAUCAGUACUGUUCUGUAG